CCCGUUCAACUGAAACGAAACAAAACUGUCAAAACACAAAGCGCCAAAAUAAACAACCUGGUGCUCCUUAUCGUCAUCUAGUGAUUUAUAUUCCUUCCAGACCCAUUUAAAUUAUGGAAAAUGAGUAUACACUGGAAGAACUUACUUCACUGGUACAGGAAAAGAUCGACCUCGGAGGGAAACUACUGCAGGAUCUUGCAAAACGGGACACGAUCGAUGGAGUGCGAAAAAUUUCCAAGAAAAUCAGCCAGGAGCUGAAGUUUCUCAACAAGGUAAAAAGCGCCAAAACAGUUUCCAUCAAUCACAUUCUGUGCAGCAACUUGACGCACUUUGCCUGCCUGGUGCAAUGUUUGCUCAGCUGCCAGGAUGUGACUCAUGUCGACUAUCCGCUCCCGCUGGAGUACCGUGGCUCUAAGCUGCGGGUGGACAUCGUUGCCGAUGGAGGAGCAACUUGGAUCAAGGUCAUCGCACGCAAUCCGAAAUCGUUAAGCGAUGCCGUUCACGGCCGAACCAGCUACGGUUCUAAAAGUAUCUUGGAACAAGCGGAAGAGUACGUGGAAGCAGCGGAAGCUUAUCCCCAUAUGUUUAAAGCCCCCCGCAUUGUAUUUCGAUUUCUUAGCAAAAUUGACGACGAACUGGUUUUCGAAUUGGAGCAAGUUGGCGUAACGGUUUUGGUACUGCAAACCUCUCAACCGGUUCCUCGAACGGAAAUCGCUACCGUGACGAAGCUGAACCUAGACAUCACUACCCUGAUAGCAUACGUGAGCGCUAUGACUAACGGAUCUGCCAAUUGGGAGUACAACGAGCCUCUGCUGACGGAACAGGCCCGCUGGGAACGAGAAAAGCCCAUCAAACCCGUUUUGGAUCAGCUGUUCCAAGGGAUGGAACUGAUCUGCUGCGAAACGGCCGUGUCCUCAUUCAACGAAAUUCUCUCGAUCCUGGGUGGCCCAAGUGAAAAGGCACGAGCAGAAGAAUUGUUUCGAAGGGUGACCAUUAUGCCGGAUGUGCCUCUUCCAGACGAGAUGGCGAGCAUACGAGUGGGCGGAAAAAUUAAGCCACGGAGUUUGCAAAUUUUCGCCUUCGGAUUACGACACGAAGCGAUUACCGUCACUUCGAACGAGGGAUUUGUGCGGGCUGCGAAGAUGCAAGGGUUGGAAGUUCCGGUUUAUGUGCAUGAUGCGAGAGCGCUGACCGAGGAGAAGGAAGAGGGCGCACGAUUGUUGGAGGUGUAGGAAACACGGAAGGAAAUAAGUUCGAUUGGGAAGGUUCGACGGAAUUUAACAACAAAAAGAUUGUAAAAUAUAUACACUAACAUGUGUUCAUUUUGAUUGGAUAAUAAACGCACCGCAGAAUAAAGUAUAUUCAACUUA